AUGUCUGAAGAAAUGUUAUUGAAUUUGUUCUCUAGACUGGAUAAAAGUGGUGAUGGUAUACUCUCAAAAGAAGAAUUAAAACAAGGAUUACGAUCAUCGGGAGUUACAGAGAACACAGUAAAUAAACUUAUAGAAAAGCUCGAUUUAAAUUGUGAUAAUAAUAUUACAUAUGAAGAAUAUAUACAAGCUAUACGUCAUGGAAAUAAAUAAAAUAGAAUCCCUUAUUUUUUUAAUAUGCCUAUUCAGGAUACAACAAUGUAUUGUAU